AUGAAGGACAGCGAACAGUGGUUGGUUGUUUUUGAUGACACAGAAAAUGCUUUGAAUAAAUUGGCAGAGGAAGUUGAGAAUAGAAAUCAAAUAUUUAGGCAUAAUUCAAAUGCUGGUGAGCUUCCUAAAUUAAAUUCCGAAAUUAGAAGACAAUUUAAAUCUAUCGAACGAGUACUGAUUGAUUUAAAAGAGACAUUGCCUCAAUUUUCAAAUGAAUUAUCACAAAGAGAAAUAACGAGAAGGAAGGAUGCCCUUCAAAAUACAAUUCAAAGAGAACAACAAAUGAAAAAGAAAUUUGAUAAUCCAUCAAUAGGAAGAAACAAAUUGCUAGCAGAAGACAAUGAGCCAAUUUCAAAAGGACCUUAUGAUAGAAGCCAUGAACCGGAGUCUAUACGAGAUUUAGAGAGUAAUCAAAUUCUCGCUUACCAACAAAGAGUGAUUGACGAGCAGGAUAAAAGCCUAGACCUAUUGAGUCAUGCCCUUGACAGAACAAAACAAAUUGGGCUCAGUAUUGAUGAAGAACUUGAUGAACAUUCACGAUUGCUUGAAGAUAUUCAUGAGAAUGUUGACGUUACUGAAUCCAAGAUCAAGGUUCAAACCAAGAAGAUGGUCAAUCUUGCAAAAAAGAAUUCCUUUAUGUGUUGGGGAAUCAUAAUUGCAGUGAUUUUAUUUAUAAUUGCAAGUUUUGAGUUUAAAAAUAACAGAGAAAAAAUGAGCUCUAUUCAAUCCUUUCUCGUGGAUGGUACUCCAUCCAAUGAACAGGAUUACGUUCUACAAUUAACAAUACCGGACGAUGUGAUGAAUAGUAUUUUGCAAAAUCCAGAUCAACUAAGUUUGAAAUUUCUAUCGGAUCCUCUGAGUAGUGAAGUGAAAUUCGAAGUUUCUCUCGGUAACAAAAAGAAGGAGUAUAAUGCAGCUAUUAUUAAAAACGAUUGCGAUUUGUAUCGCUUUUCGGAAAAUCAGUUCCAUCAAAUAGGAACGAUUAAACACAGGGCUAAUUUGGACAAUUUACCAUCCAUACAGCCUCCAAUAGUCAAACCCAAACCAACACCUCCUAGUAAUAUCGUAACCAAACCUCCGACACGAGGAAAUCAGAAACACAAAAUUGUUGCCAAUAGAAAGGAAGACUUCUUCUCCGGAAAGUUUAAAAGAACAGACGAUUCUCCCAUUAAAUUAUUUGCACAAUCCGAGCCGAAUGACGCCAGCACUUCCACCGACGUAAGCAAUAGAACUGUACCAUUACAACAGAAAGAUCCUUUCCCAUCUAAUUUCCCACCAUCAUCACUGUCAUCGUCAACAACCAUGCCAGAGUCACCACGUUCUGAGCCUUCCUCUCCAAAGGACGAGGCAAUGCCAAUUUCACCAACCGAUGAACACGAAACAUCGUCAUCAUUUACGAAAAUUCCAAAAGAAUCAUUUGAGGCAGUAUCUCAACAACACAAAUCAACAAAUGCAUCCACAUUUAAAAACACACAACCACCUAACCGUAAUAGUAGGCCUCAGAUCAAAACUGCAGAUUAUUGUCUCAAAAUUGGAAGCACUGAAUUUAAACCAUACAGUUUAAUCACUGAGGCUUUCAAACGAGGAAUUAAUUUGAACGAAUCGCCGGUAAAAUCACCAUCCAUAUCCAAAAUUGACACCUUUGAACAAUAUAACCAACUUAAAAAACAGUACAAUGAAUUAUAUCCAAAGUACGAAUCUCUAGAUAUGCUGUUAAACGAGAAUGUUGAAGAAUUUAAGAAGUAUGCAAGCCAGUGGCAAACAUUGACCAAUGAAGAAGAAAAACGAUUAGCAAAUUCAGAAAUUCAGAAAUUGUUUGUCAGAAGACAAAAGGACGUAUUACAACUUACUAACAAGUACAAAGACUGGCACAAGGAGUUGGAGACUAUUAAGCACCUCAUUGAAGAUUACGUACAACGAAAAGGAUCACAUCCUCGCGACAUUAUUUAUUAG